UUUGCCUGUGAUACUGAGUGGAGAAUGAAUGGUCAUGUAAAGAGUAUGAAUUUUCAACAGUUUAUGGAACAAGCAACAACAUUACUCUCUCUCCUGCUGGUUAUGGCUGUUGAUUCAACAAGAGCUGUGGCAGCAAGCAGAAACCAGCAGUGUGGGAAUCCUCUGCAGCAGACUCUUAAGCUAAGCAGACUCAUACAGAAGGAAUCUGUCGACCUAAUCAAAACAUAUAAAGCCUCUCAAGGAGAAAUGUCCGAUCUUUUCUGCAAGGUGUCAGUUAACAACAUCCCUGACCCUAACAUCUCCGGCAUGGAGCACUCAAAGAGGAUAGUGAGCAUCUACACACAUCUCCAAGACUUCCUCCUACAUUUCAACCGGGUGUAUGAUCAGCAGACAGACUUGCAGUCAUCCACAAGCCCGCUGCUGACCGAGCUUGAGAUUGUAAGGGCUCGCAGCAUUUACCUGGGUGAACUCAUAAACAGCCUCUAUCAGAGCCUCUUCCCAAACCUGCCUGUACUAGAUCCAGCAGGAAGGCCGACAACACUACCACCGCCUCAGAACGUCUUCCAGCAGAAAGUCUACGGCUGUGUGGUCCUGAAGACCUACAAGGAGUUCCUGUUAAAUGUUUUUCAAGAACUGAGGACUCUAAAAAAAAAAAAAUUGUGUAUAAGGAGGAUCUAAAUAAACACAUUUUUCUGAGGAUGACCUAAUACUGGCCACAGUCAGUUUUCAUCAACACUUCCAAUCACUGGGUUGAUAAAGACUUUAAAGGAUAUUUGAGUAUGAAGGUGGCUGGUACAUCAGUGUAAUGAAUCCUAUUUAUGUUAUUUAAUAUUUAUUUUCUGAUAAGAGGAAUGCUGAUCAAGAGUGUGAAUGUAUAUCUAUUAAAGUUAUGU